GCGAAGAACCAAGAUGAACAAGAGGAAAACCUAGCAUCAGGUUCCAUGACAAACCAAAGAUGAUGAAGAGAAGAGGAUGGUGAAGAUGAUGAGAAGGAUGGCGAAGAGAAUGGUGAAGAAGAUAAACGUCAGCUCUGUCCUCAGUCCCGAGUUCAAAGAAUCUCAAUCAAUCUCCUCUCGCUCACACAUUGCGCAUGCUCGACAGGCCAUUGAGGAGGCUGCAGUAAAGGGCGCCCAGCUUGUUCUGUUGCUGGAGAUAUGGAAUAGCCCCUAUUCAAAUGACAGCUUCCCAGUUUAUGCUGAAGACAUUGAUGCUGGUGGUGAUACAUCUCCAUCAACAGCUAUGCUGUCUGAAGGUUCUCGUUGUUUGAAGAUUACCAUAGUUGGUGGCUCCAUGCCUGAACGUUGGGGGCAUAACUUGUAUAAUACUUGUGUCUUUGGUACUGAUGGAAAGCUGAAAGCAAAGCACCAAAGAUUCACCAUUUUGAUAUUGAUAUUCCUGGGAAGAUAACCUUCAUGGAAUCAAAGACACUCACUGGAGGGGAGUCCCCUACCAUUGUGGACACAGAUGUUGGGCGUAUUGGUAUAGGUAUCUGUUAUGACAUUAGAUUUCAGGAACUUGCAAUGAUAUAUGCAGCAAGAGGUUUGUUUCCAUCCCUUGAACGGCGAAAUGAUAAUAUAAUACUGUUUUUAGGUCUAAGAUAUCAUAUAGGUGCACCUUCUGAUAUUGAUAGAAUACCGCUUGAUGCUUCUCUUGUUUAUGAAUCUGCUGCACCAUAUGAGACUCGUGAUUUUGCAUUUAGGUUCUCAUUUGCUUUGUUAUCCUGGAGCAUUUAACAUGACAACUGGACCGUUGCAUUGGGAAUUAUUGCAGAGUGCAAGGUAUUAAUAUAUUUCAGUUAAUGAACAGGUGUUUAAAUU